AUGGAUGAUUAUGAGGCUGAAUGCACCAUUAUAUCAAAACAAUAUGGUGUCAAGGAUGCCCAAAAUCUCAAAGAACAGGUUGUGCUUCUUGGUAUCAUCUCCACAGUUAUGCCAAUUCUUUUAACUAAAUAUCCGGACUUGUUGGCUUUGGAUUCUACUGGCUGUCAUAACAGCUUAAACUUCCCAAAUACAGCUUUCAUGGUUAGGUCAGAUAAACCUCAUGGUCGAGUCAUAGCAAUAUUUAUAAGUGAUAAGAAAACAAUACUAGUUGUCGAUCUUAUGUUUGAGUCAUGGUUAGCUAUAAACAAAUGGGAUCUUUAUCUAGUGGCAGCUAGAAAACAUUUUCCUAAUACACAAGCUACUAUUCUAGAUGCGAAAAAGCUUCAGACUGCCAUUGAAAUCACAAGCUUAGUAGUUGCAGAGACCAUCGUAUCUUAUUUUCAAAAGUAUUGGUUUUAUAUAUGGCCAGAUUACAAACAUAAUGAUUGUUCUAUAAAGAUAAAUAUGUUAUUAGAAAGCUAUUUCAAAAAGAAUAUGAUACUACACUAUCGAGAAAGAUACACCAAAUCUCUACAUUCAAACCUUAAAAAAAUAGAUACAUCAAUGUGCAUAGAUAGUGGAGAAAUUGAAAGGGAGAAG